AUGGCUUUCCAAUGCCUCGCGUGUCCCCGAAAUUUCCACGACCGGCGUGCUCUCAAGACGCAUCAAUGGAACUGCAAAGGCUAUCAAGAGAUUCAAGAUGUUACCUUUCAGCAAAAGCGCUCUCGAAAGGAGGAGACAGUGGAGGAGGCGGAGACACGGCCAAGGAAGAGAGCUCAGGUGUUGGUAGAACCUGAAGAGUUGACAGCAGAGCACGACAUUUUGGACUCGGUCCCCAUCCCAGAAUCUUCAUCUUCAGAACUCCCACCCUCGCCUGAGCCUCCUAUCACGCACUCUGCA